AUUACACGUUCAUAUUACGAAGAGGAGGAGAGGAUGCUGAUGCAUCUCAAUUCUCCCGAAAGUUCAAAUCUUUUUGAUAAAAACUUGAGCACGAGAGAUGAGACCCCAAUCGAAACGCUUCAAGAAAUACCAAAGCAGCAAAUGCAAGUAAGGUGCAUGCAAACAUCCCAUCUCAUAACCAUCAUCAAGAAAAGCUGUAAAACCACUGCUCAAAUCCACCAAGUCCAUGCUCAAGCCAUCACAAGAGGCCUCUUUUCACUUCACCCCGCUCUCCUUCUCACUCAAAUCCUUCGUUUCUUGGCUUUCUCACCCUCCCACCCUACAGAUUUUCCCUCCAACUAUGCUGUUAACUACCCCACCAAGAUUUUCAGUCUCAUUCCAAACCCUUCGACUUUCAACUACAAUGCCGUUAUCCGGGCACAUGUGCUCCUGUGUUCCCCUAGGAGUUCCUUGAUUUUCUUUACCGAAAUGCGUCGAAAAUCGGUCUCGCCUGAUUUUCACACGUUCCCUUUUGUUCUUAAAGCUUGUGGGCUGCUGCAGGACUCGGUUUCACUUGCCAAGACCCUGCAUUCGGAAUUGCUCAAGUUUGGGUUUCUGGCUGAUGUUUUUGUGUGUAACGCACUUGCUUGUGCGUACUGUAGGGCUGGUGAUGUUGAUGGCGCGAAAAAGGUAUUUGAACGAAGUUUGUUCAGAGAUGUGGUGAGUUAUAAUGUUAUGAUCGAUGGGUUUGUUAAGGCUGGCGAGAUUGAUAAAGCUAGGGAUUUGUUUGAUGAAAUGCCUGAAAGAGAUGCGGUUUCGUGGGGUACCCUUUUGGCGGGGUACGCAAAAUCGAGUCGGUGUUUUGAGGCCAUUGAGUUGUUUGAUUGUAUGGUAGAUUUGAUGGUGAAGUUUGACAAUGUUGCUCUGGUUUCAGUGCUCUCGGCUUGUGCGCAGCUUGGGGAGCUAGCACAAGGUAAAAGAAUACAUGAUCUCAUUGAAAGAAAUGGGAUCAAAUUAGACUCAUAUUUAGGCACUGCAUUGGUUGACUUGUAUGCAAAAGGUGGGUGCAUUGAAAUGGCUAUGGAGGUUUUUAAGUUGUGUCUCGAAAAGAACGUGUCUUUAUGGAAUGCGAUGCUUAUGGGACUGGCCAUGCAUGGUCAUGGUAUGUUGUUGCUUCAAUACUUUUCAAGAAUGGUGGAAGAUGGUGUCCAGCCUGAUGGGGUCACAAUUUUAGCUGUUCUUGUGGGCUGUAGCCACUCAGGGCUUAUUGAUGAGGCUAGGAGGAUUUUUGCUGAUAUGGAGAGCGUUUAUGGUGUUCCACGGGAGCUAAAGCAUUACGGAUGCAUGGCCGAUCUGCUUGGACGUGCAGGGUUGAUAAAGGAAGCAAUGGAGAUGAUAGAAGAAAUGCCAAUGGGAGGGGAUGUGUUUGUGUGGGGAGGAUUGCUCGGAGGGUGUAAAAUACAUGGAAAUCUUAAGGUUGCAGAGGAGGCAGCUAAGCAAGUGAUGGAGGUGAAACCCGAAGAUGGUGGGGUGUACUCACUUUUAGCCCAUAUGUAUGCGAAUUCACAGCGGUGGGAGGAUCUGGUGAAAAUGAGGAGAUUGAGAGAUUCCAGAUGCGGGAUUAAGAAGAUUGCUGGCUGUAGUUUGAUCGAAUUGGAUGGGAUCACACAUGAGUUUGUUUCAGGAGAUUGCCUGCAUCCGCACACUGAAGAUAUAUACUUUGUUUUGAAUGGGUUGGAGCUACACCAAUAUGAAGUGCUCUAGACAUACAGUCUUUGGGUAUUGUUCAAUUAUGUUACAUGAAUUACCGGUGGAGCAGAUGGUCUCGGACUUAGUUUUUGUUCAAUACUGCAAUCCGAGCUCCGAGAUUGACAUUACCAUAUUGUAUUUGGAAGGAAAGAAGCUCAAGUGUAAUGAGGCAAAAUUGACAAAUUGCUUGAUUAAUCAUUAUCAAGUGCAGUACAAUCACAGUGCUUAACUCCA